AUGGACGGGUUCAGCCAGAUGCAGAACCCCCACGAGGCGGAGCAGAACGUGCUGCUCGAGCGCAUCAUCCGCAAUGUCGACAAGUGUAACGAGGCCAUGGUCGAGAUGAACCAGUGCUUGCGGGACUUUCUCGAAUCCGCCGCUGCUGUCGGCACCGCCGCCCAGUUGUUUGAAAACUAUGGCGAGAUCACCGAGAGGUACAUGACCACGACCAAGAUGAUGCCCAAGCCCCAAUGA